AGAAGACUCAACGGUCAAAUGAUUAGUAGUUUCGCAAAUUUUGUGCUUUUUAUCUGCAGUCUGUGCACUGUGACAGAUGCAGCAAAGCUGAGGGAAAGCUGUGAGCCGCUCCUGAACUCAACUUGGAUACAUCUGUGCAAUGGCGUUAUAACAAAAGAAAUAAAAAUCAAAUAUAAAGAUCAGUUGACCACAGUCGGUACACCUUAUAAGAUUAUGACCUUGGCAAAGCAAGGCGAAGCUUCCCUGAUCACCUUCUUCGAUUCGGAAAUACAGAAUAGCACUUGGAUCGCAAUCAAUAAAAAUAUGACGAUUACAUUAGCGAGAAGCAAGGAGAUCAAAAUGAAACCAAAGAUGUUUUAUUGCUUCAAUUUCGGCCUGGAAUAUAUGUCUGAUUUACUGAAUCUGUGUUUCGACCAAGCUGAUACUUUGGCAAAACUGAAAUGCCAUUGUUUAUAUACGGUACUGCAUUAUAGCUACAUGCCACCGCUGGUUUCGGCACAAGUUCGUUUGAAUGCCGAUAGCGCCUUCGCUGUUGUUUUUAUGCUAGUAGCUUUGUUUAUGAGCUUAAUUCAAAUGAACAGAAAUCAUUUAUGA